GGGAUGGGGGACUGCAGUGAGGCUGAAAAUGUGGUUGAGGGGCCAUUUGGUGUGUGUGGGGGCAACAGGACUCACUGGGGAGCGAGCACAGCAGGGUGAAUAAGGGGUGCACAGAAGAGGGAGGAAUAGGUGGGGGUUAAACCCCAAAGGAGAGGGAGGCAUUAGCCCCCUGUACUAUAUCUGGCAGAUAGCAGAGACACGUUUUUCAGUGUUGCUGCUAUAGGGAGAGUUUUAUGUAGGAGUCCUGACGUUUAUGUGGCAAUGCAACAUGCUAACGUUUUUGAAAAACAUUACAGUGUGGCAUGAAAAUACUACUGGCUUGUAAAAUCAUGUAAUGAUGUUUCAUAAAUGACCCUUCUCCCCCCAUGCAGUAUGGCUUGGUGACCUGUAAGCAGAGUCUUGCAAGCACCCCUGAAAAUUAUUAAGAGUACAAGUAGGCAGAAUCAUUCUCUGAAAAUUGACAUUGCCUCAGAAAUGUGCAUGCGGGGACAACCUAACUAAGAAUGUGGGCCAUGCCUGUAGGAUGGAGAACUCUAUGCUGGGAAGUAGUGAUUCUGAAAAAGAUUUGGGGGUUGUGGUGGAUACUCACUGAACAUGAGUGCUCAGUGCAACAUGAUGGCGAAUGCAUUCCUUGGAUCUAUAAAAUGGGCUCUUGACAGCUUCUGGCAGUGUAGAACUUGAAGGAUGCCAAUUCCACACCCACAGAAAGUCUGACACUGAAGAAGAGGUGGACUAAGCAGGACAUGUUUUUGUGAAAUCCUGCAAGCUAGUGCCUCAUUGGAUCAGGAACAAAGGGCUUGGAGGGUCAGUGUGACUGACGGCAUGGAGAAGGACUGCGAAGAUAGGAAAAGGGGCUCUGGAGUCCCAGUAGGUCAAGGAGCAGAAAACGCACCAGGACAUAAUGGGUCUUCUCAAGCACCAGAUCCAAAUGGUGCAGACCUUGGUUGACUGACAGGUCCAAAAAUCUGGGAUUUCCCAGCCUUUGCAGUCCUUGGAGAACUUCAUGGUCACUGUUCAGCAGCCACUGCUUGUCCCAAACUUGCAUUACACUGCAAUCUCACCCCCCAGGGCUUGAUUUUCAGGCCCAGAAGCUGCAUUCCACCCUCUACAGCUGCUUGGUGAAUGCCACCCACAGCCCUGAAUUAUUUUUCACAAGGUCUAUCAGCAAACUGUCCUUGAAGUUAGCCACAUGUCCUCAGUUCUUACAGUAUUUUAUGUGGGCCUGCAAAUAGAAGUGAACCAUGUGUCCUGUAUUUGCAGCACUCAUGACAAUAAUUCAGAGCUAUGCAGGCUCCCUGCUUCUGUCAGAAAUGGCAUAGACUGCAAAGCACCACGGGUUUGUGUGAUUUUUCGUGGAUGGUUUGAUUGGCUGGGGAAGUUGUAUGCUGGGAAUCGGACCCCAGCUCCCAAAGAGCCCUAGGCAAGUCAUUGUUAUAUCACAGAGCACUGCAACAGAGUCAAAAGGCAUUUUAGCGGAUGGCGGUGUGCUCCCUGGAAUACUUAAUGCAAGUACCCAAGUAUGCACGCGCCCCAGCUACACACAGAUUAUGGCAGCUGUAUGCCAAUGUAACUUGUGUAGACAUGGCCUGACACUGUCCACAGAGACUUAAGAUAGCUCAUUAUUAUGCCUUAUUCUCCCUCUAGAGCUGGAGCGAUUGGGAGUUUUGCAUGGAUAGGUAAUGAGAGAAUGGUCCCUCGGGAGCUGGGAAAUCAUGCUUAUUUCUUAGCUUUGACACUCUCCAGCCAUUUCUCUUCCCCCAAAUUGCUUCUUUACUUCUUUACUUGGUGUUAAAAUUGGCCCAAAAUGUCUAUUCUUGCAGUGCUCUUUGGUUGGAACAAAAUGGCAAAUAUUGCGCAAAAGCUUCCUCUCUACAGCUGUUCUUGUAAAAAAAAAAGAAAAAAAAUCCUGCAGCCGCUGAUUUCCCCCUAGCUGUCCCUCUCUGCAAUGGAUCGAGUCUUUUAUUUGUUUAUGUAUUCUCUACUUCCGCUCCAUGUGAUGCCUUGGGCUAAACAGUAUAAUCACUCCAGGCCAGUCUUUGUUGUGGAGUUUCAGCGCAGUCUUCUCAGCAUGGACAUCAUCAAUUUGAUUAUCCUAACGUUUGUGGUGAUCCCUGUGGGAUUCUGCAGGCCAGCAGCUUUCCAAGAGAAAUUUCUCCAGGCGCUGAAUCCAGAAGAUGUUUUCUCUUAUUUUGGCACCAGUAAAGUUCUUGAUGUACCAGAAUUUGUUAUUGCUCAGCCAUCUUGUCCCUGUGAAGAGGACCAAGUUGAACCGAGAUCUUGUAAAGUUCAACGUUGCUCCCUUAUGGCCUGGGGAGAACCCUACAGCUUUGAGUUCCUAGAGGACUGUGUUCUUUCUUCCUUCGUGAGCGAUCGAAAGCUGAACUCCUCUGUUAGUUUACUAAAGCGAUUCCCAGGCAGUUGCUUUGCUGGGGGAAGAGUACUGCACCCUGCAGGGGCUAAAUGUAGAGUCACUUACUGCGAAGGGUGGCUGGGCGGUGUUGUCAUUGUGAAUGAGGAAGAGAUUCACAUCAGACCGGUGAGACGCAAACACCUGACCGUGCUGGAAGACCUCAGCCUCCCCACACCCCACGUCAUCUUCCGAGCUGCACGGAGAGGGACAAGGACGAUAGGAGAAAGAAAGUCUCCGCCUCGUCUUUGGAAAAGGGCUGAGGGAAGCGUCGUGCACCUGGAGCUGCUGGUGGUAGUGGGCCCAGACGUUUAUCAGUUCCACAGAGAGGACACCGAGAGGUACAUCCUUACCAACCUGAACAUCGGUGCCGAGCUGCUGAGAGACGCCUCGCUGGGAGCUCAGCUUAGGGUUCACCUGACGAGAAUGAUGGUCCUGACUGAACCAGAGGUGGGUAUAAACAUCACCACGAAUGUCACCUCCUCCUUGGUCGGGGUCUGCGAAUGGAGCAAGAAGGUCAAUCCCCCGAGUGACUCGGAUCCCCAGCACGCCGACCUUGUCCUCUAUGUGACCAGGUUUGACCUGGAGUUAGCUGAUGGAAACAAGCAGAUGCGCGGAGUCACCCAGCUGAGGGGAGCCUGCUCUUCCUCCUGGAGCUGCGUGAUCACUGAGGACACCGGCUUUGACUUGGGAGUCACCAUAGCCCAUGAGAUCGGUCACAGUUUUGGAAUCCAGCACGAUGGCGAGGGGAACCUGUGCAGCGGGAGCGGCAACGUCAUGGGCGCUGAAGGCAGCCACAACAGCGUGGACCUGGUCUGGUCAGAGUGCAGCAGAGAGCAGUUCCUUGCCUUCAUCAGGACAAGCCAAGCAAGCUGCUUAAACGACCUGCCGGCCCUGGAGGGCAGCAUCCCUGGGUGGAAGCCCGGCUUAUAUUACGGCGCGGACGAGCAGUGUAAAAUAGCCUUUGGGAGCGCAGCGGCGGCGUGCACCUUUGCCAGGAAUGACAUUGAUACGUGCAGAGUUCUUUCUUGCCACACUCAUCAGGCUGACCGGACCAGCUGUACUCGUCUUCUUGUUCCCCUUCUGGAUGGUACCGAGUGUGGGAUCAAUAAGUGGUGCUCCAAGGGACACUGUAGCUCUCUGGAGGAGCUGAACCCGGUGGCAGUGGUGCAUGGGCAGUGGUCCAGCUGGAGCCCCCUCACUGCCUGCUCCCGCAGCUGUGGAGGAGGAGUUGUAACGCGAAGACGACUUUGUAACAACCCCAGGCCUGCAUUCGGGGGUCAGGAGUGCAGGGGAGCAGACCUCCAGGCUGCGAUGUGCAACACGCAGGCCUGUUUGACCACCCAGUUGGAGUUUAUGGCUGAACAGUGUGCAGCGACAAACGUAAAGCCGCUGUAUCUCCUUCCAGACGUCCCGUCUUUUUAUAUGUGGACUUCGGCUGCUGGCUAUGCCAAAGGGGAUACCCUAUGCAGACACAUGUGCCGGGCAGAGGAGAAGAAUUUCAUGGUGAGCCGUGGGGACCGUUUCACAGAUGGAACCAGGUGUGAGCCGAGCAACCGUAGAACCAAAGGGGCUUUUGAUCUGUGCGUGAUGGGCAGCUGCAGGGUGUUCGGCUGUGACGGCAGGAUGGACUCCGGGAUGGUGCUGGAUCCCUGCAAGGUGUGCGGGGGAGACAACGCCACGUGCACCAGAGUGAGCGGCUCCUACACGGAAGGAAAAGCCAAAGAGUACGUCACGUUUCUAGCUCUGCCUCACAAGACCACCAGCGUCCACGUCACCAAUCGCAAACCUCUCUUCACACAUUUGGCUGUGAAAGUCCAAGGACGGUAUGUGGUUGCUGGGAAGCAGAGAAUCUCCUUGAACAUCACCUAUCCGUCGGUAGUGGAGGACAGCCAGAUCUCGUACAGGGUCUUUCUCACUGAGGACCACCUGCCAAGCCUGGAGGAAGUCCAUGUGGAUGGGCCAACCUACGAGGACAUUGAGAUACAGGUAGCUUGGAAGGGCUGGGAAGGGGAUAGCCAGAACUGGUUUGAGAUUUCUACAUUAUUCUUCUCCAUUUGUAUCUUCAGUUACUUUAUCCCAAAGAAGAAACAGGCACAUGUGUGGAUUCCUCAGUUCGGGACCUGCUCGGUGAGCUGUGGGGAAGGGGUGUUACUGGUAGAUCACUCCUGCUUUGACCAGACCAGGAAUGAAAUAACAGACGAUCAGCUGUGUUUGGAGACCCCACGUCCCCCUUCCAGGCAGGAACUCUGCGCUAAGGCACCAUGCCCACCAGGCUGGGUGGCGGGGGCCUUUGGCCCCUGCAGCGCCACAUGUGGGGGAGGAGUGAUGGAGCGGUUGGUUCGCUGUAUGAAGAAAGAAGGUGGCUUGGUCCUGACUCUUCCCGAUUCGAAAUGCCUGGAUGCUCCCAAACCUGCCUCCACCGAGGCAUGUAGCACUGAGCUGUGCCCCGUAAGAUGGAAGGAAUCUGAGCCAGGCAAAUGCUCAGCCAGCUGCGGGCUCGGCGUCAGCCAGCAAAACGUGACGUGUGUCCGGGUCCUCGCUGGACUGGAGACCACAGUAGACAACAGCCUGUGCCCGGAGGACGAGAAACCCCCUACCUUUGUGCCGUGCGUGGUUAACAUCUGUCCACUAGGCUGGAACACAAAGCAGGACAGUUCGCCCUCCCCGGGGGAGCUGGUGCCAUUCGGGCCUAUCAAGAAGGAGAAUCGCUCGGUGCAUGUCUGGAGCCCUCUGGCUGGAGAAUGCUCCGUUACCUGUGGCGGAGGUGUGGCCCAGCUUCGCUUCGUGUGUGUGGCUUUCGAGACCAAAGCGGAAACCCACGAGAAACACUGUCACCCCGUGCCAAAGCCAGCAAGCAGGCUGGAAAGCUGCAAUCCCAUGCUGUGCCCGCCGAGAUGUUCUCUCCAUUCUCGUCACCCCAGCUGGGAGGUGAAGGAGCUGGCGGCAUGCCCUGUGAGCUGUGGAGGAGGGAGACUCCCCCUCUCUCUGCGCUGUGUGAGACAAGAAGGAAAUACCACCCGGCCUCUUCCUCAUUCCAAAUGUGGUAGGAUGCCCCGACCGGCCAGCACCAAGGAGUGCGGCACUGAUCCGUGCCCGGCAAGGUGGCGUUCCAAGCUGGACUCGUGCAGCGUGAGCUGCGGUGGCGGUGUGGCGCGCAGGGUCCGGUACUGUGCGAGGGAGCGCGGGGACAAGGCGGAAGAGGUUGUAGCAGAUGCGCAGUGUCGUGGGUUGCCUCGCCCGGAGGAGCAAGAGCCGUGUAAUUUGGAGCCGUGUCCUCCAAGCUGGAAAGUCGCCGCGACUGGUCCGUGUUCCUCCUCUUGUGGGCUCGGCCUAGCUGCGCAGCUGAUCACCUGUGUCCAGCUCCGGCAAGGCCUAGAGACGGAGCUGGAAGAGAGUUCAUGUCCGGAGACAGAGAGACCCCUCUCCCGCAUCCCUUGUUUCAUCCGAACGUGCUCUUAUGAGUGGGCUUUCAGCGAAUGGACCGAGUGCUCGGCCUCGUGUGGCAACGGGAUUCAGACACGGCAGGAUUUCUGCCUCGAUCCUCAAGCCCGCAAGCACGUGAACCCCGUCUUCUGCAUGCACUCCCCCAAGCCCAUCACGGUGCGUGGCUGCUCUGCCAGCCCCUGUCCCGAGCAGCCUGCGGGGGAGGGGUCCUCAGGACCACAACGCCAGAUGCCAACUUCAGCUACGAACCCGCUAACGACAGCAGCCGCCACGUAUCCCGAGAGGCCAAAAUACAAAGCUCUGGGUCGUCCUCCCACCAGGGUGCUGGCUCCUUCUCCCAAGCACCCCAAGGAGCUUUCAGCAGGGAAGGCGGAUGCUGCUGAAGAGUACAGUGUCUGUGGAAGCCUCUUCCUCAACUCCACCGGAGUCAUCAACAUGACCGGCCUGCGGGUCAGUGACUGCACGGUGUCCAUCGGACGCCCCUUGGGGGAAGUGGUCACAGUCCAGGUGCUGGAGAGCUCCCUAAAUUGCAGCGCAGGGGAGAUAUUGCUCUUUUCUGGACGGAUGAUGUGGCGGACAGGCUGUAAGAAGCUGAGGGGGUCGUCUAUAAACUCCAGGAUGAACACACUGAUGGUGAGACAGCGCCUCCUGUGGCCGGGGAAUGGUGUCGUUCUUCAGUACAAGAGCAAAGCAGCAGCAAAAAAAUAUUACCAAGACUGUGAUGUGCAGCUGUUUGGUCCCUGGGGCGAAAUAGUGAAUCCCGGACAGUUGCCGGACCCGAAACGACAAGUGGCAUGUCGGACCUUUAUUGAGGUGGCUCCACGUUAUCGCAUAGCCAUCCACGCCCUCUACAUGGACCUGGGGAUGGAGAACAACCAGACACACUCCAAUUUCAUUUUGGUACGGGAUGUGAAUGCUGUGAAGACGACAGUGUUUCGGGGGAAGCAGCUGUUCUUCUGGGAAUCAACAGGGAGCCAGGCUGAAAUCGAAUUUCAUGAAGGCUUUACAGAAGAUCGCAUCAGUUUCCGAGCAGCAUACUGGAUGAGUGAGCCCCGAUAAAUGGAAACAAGGGAGGCAGUAGAUCAAUUAGGGGCUGGACUCCUGUCUCUGACACAGAUUCACUGUUUGUCCCUGGGCAAGACAUUUAACCUCUCUGCCUCAGUUCCCCCCUCUGUUUAAUUGCAGUAACAACAUCUGCCCACUUCACAGGGCUGCUCAGUUAAUAUGCACAAAGCACAUGGAGAUGCUCAAGUGAAGGACAUUAUAUAGACACCAAAUAUAAUUCUCUGAAGUUUUUUUUCCCCGUCUCUCCCGACUAGUCCUGAGACAAUUUACUUGUCUGAGACAAAUGAUUGGGGGCCUGAAACAUAAAUCAUGACUGUGAUCUGAUACCACCUGUUCACAGUGCCUCAGCAUCCACUGAUGUAGAUGUAGAUUAGAACAGUUAGCAGCUUAACCCUUUAGCAUUUUCCCUUUUGGCCAACUACACGCAUGUGGACAGAUAAACUGUUCAGAAUUGAUGGACCUGAUGCUCUUUUACACUCUGGCAGUGUACAAGGACCAAAAAGUUUAACACGAACAUAAGAAUGGCCAGACUGGGUCAGAACAAAGCUCCAUCUAGCCCUGUAUCCUGUCUGCCCACGGUGGCCAAUGCCAGGUACCCCAGAGGGAAUGAACACAAGAGGUUCAAUCAGUCCAUCCUCUAUCACCCAUUCCCAGCUUCUGACAAACUAGGGACACCAUUCCUGCCAAUAGCCAUUGAUGGACCUAUCCUCCAUGAA